AUGGGAUAUACAAAACAACAAAAGCAAACGAUCAUAAAUCAUUUGAAGCUUGAACGUUCGAAAAUUGCUAAAAAAAAUGAAGAACAAUUGAAUAAGAUCUCACAACAAACUUAUCAAAAGGUUAUAAGAAGAAUGAAUGGAGUUAGUGUUACUUUAUUAGAUGUUAAAUUGAAAGAUGUUUUAACUAUUGAAAGACUGAAAAAAUUACAAGCUAAAUCGUUAAUUAAAGAUAUUCAGGAUUUGAAGAAACUGAUCAUCAACCAAAAGUAA